AGUAUGAAAACUUGACUUGUAAGAAAAACCCUGAAUCCCUCAUCUCCCCUUCACCUCUCUUCUCUGAGGUAAAUUCUCAAGUUUCUCUCUCUUCAUCUUCUACUAGUUUUCAUGAAUAAAUUCAAGGUCAAAAUUUCAAUCAAUGUUUAUCUGAAAAAAAUCAAUUGAUUGAUCAAUUUUGUUUGGAAAAUGGUGAAGUAUGUUGAAUCAGAAGAGUUUGUGUUGUUAUCAGGACCUAGAAGUGGUUUAAAACGUGAAUUUGCUUUUGCGUUAAAGGGUCAAUCUGAAGUACUGGAUGGUUCUAUUGGAAGAACUAGAGCUACUAAACUUCUAAAUCCAUCUUUUUCUUCUUCUUCUGGAAAUAAGAGAUUCAAGAAUUUGGAAAAUGAUGAAAAAUUUGACAGGAAUUUGGUUAUGGGGACUGAUUUGAGUAAGGAAGGGGGAAAGAGAAUUGAUGCCACUGUAUUACCAGUUUGUGAAGAGUCUAAUGAAGUUACGAAAUCUUUAAUUUGUGAAGAACCCAGCAUUAAUCUUGUUGGUUCUUUGCAAGCAGAGGAACCCCCAAACUUGAUUGAUGGCGAUAAUGGUGUCUCGGAGAGACCCGUAAUAUUCUAUUCUCGUUUGCGAAAGAAAGAGACGAGGGAGAUUCCUGCUUCUGAGAAUGAAGAAGCUAUUGAAUCGGAUAGUUCUUGCAAGAAUCAACAGGUUGUAGAAGGUGAAUGUAUAAGAGCACCUUUAAGUAAUAAGCUAGAAAUGAAAAUGUCUAAAAAGAUUGGUUUGACAAAGUUUCCAACAAAGCUUAAUGAGCUUCUUGGUACUGGUUUGCUUGAAGGAUUGCAUGUCAGUUACAUAUUCGGUAAGAAGAAAGAAGGGCUUGAUGGAAAAAUUGAAAAGUGUGGGAUUUUGUGUUUCUGUAGUUUCUGCAAUGGGCGCAAGGUUGUCAGCCCCAUGGAAUUUGAGAGGCAUGCUGGUAGUGGAAAUAAACGUGCUGCUGAUUAUAUUUAUUUGGAGAAUGGGAACAACCUCCGCUAUGUGAUGAAUGCAUGCAGGAAUGCUCCUUUGGACACAUUACAAUCAACAAUUAAAAAUGCAGUCUGUUCUUCGCCAUCUGUCAACAAGACAACCAUCUGCAGUGAUUGCAAAGGACAUCUUCACUGGUCUCCCAUGAAUAAGGCAGCAACGUUAUGCACACAAUGCCUGGAAUCAAGGAAGUCCCAAGCAAACGUAUCAUGGACAUCUGGUACUAAAACAAGAUCAUCAAAAGCAGUUUUACCUUCAGAAUUUGCUCCACGGACAACGAAUGUCCGAGGGAGGCUAACUAAAAAGGAUGUGCAUUUGCAUAAGUUGGUCUUUGAGGAAGGUGGUUUACAUGACGGAGCUGAACUCGGUUAUUAUCAUCGCGGUCAGAAAUUGCUAGAAGGCUCUAAAAGGGGUUUUGGAAUUCUCUGUGGCUGCUGCAACGAUGUGGUCAGCCCUUCAGUGUUUGAAGCUCAUGCCGGUUGGGCCUCACGCCGCAAACCUUACCUAAACAUCUACACAUCCAAUGGGGUAUCUCUUCAUGAAUUAUCAGUAUCUCUGUCGAAAGAUCCGAAUUUUUCUCCUCGUGAAAAUGAUGACCUUUGCAGCAUAUGUGCGGAUUUUGGAGACCUUUUGCUUUGUGACGGAUGCCCCAGAGCUUUUCACAGAGACUGUGUGGGUUUGUCCAACCUCCCGCCUGGUAAAUGGUAUUGUUCCCACUGCCAACAGAUGUACCAAAGGGAGAAAUUCUGUGAGUACAAUGCUAAUGCAAUAGCAGCUGGCAGAGUGUUAGGAGAUGAUCCUAUAAAACAGAUUUAUCACCGAUGCAUCCGAACUGUCAAAACACAAGACGUUGAAGUUGGUGGAUGUGCAUUAUGCAGAGCCCACAGUUUUUGCAAAUCAGGAUUCGGACCAGGCACAGUUCUACUUUGUGAUCAGUGCGAAAAGGAAUAUCAUGUUGGUUGUCUGAAGGAUCACAACAUGGCGGAUUUAGAGGAAUUGCCAGAAGGGGAGUGGUUUUGUUGCACAGAUUGCAAAGCGAUUCACACAACUCUGCACCAGUUGCUUGAGCGUAAACCUUUGGAGCUCCCGGAGUCUCUUUCAGGUUUGAUAAAGACAAAGCAUAUGGAGAAAUGCUCAAGUGAUAAUGGUGAUCUUGAUCUAAGAUGGAGCCUUCUUAGUGGGAAGCUUGCUACUGCCGACUCUAACUUGUUUCUUUCUAAGGCUGUCGCCAUCUUUCGUGAUCACUUCGAUCCCAUCAUUGACUUAAAAAGCGGUCGCGACCUCAUCCCUGCGAUGGUUCUUGGAAGAGUAAUAAGGGAUCAAGACUUUGGAGGAAUGUAUUGUGCAGUACUGACAUCAAAUUCGAUUGUCGUAUCUGCUGCUAUUCUUAGGAUCUUUGGACAAAAAAUUGCUGAACUUCCUUUGGUUGCUACCAGUAGUGAAGUCCAAGGACGGGGUUACUUCCAGUCGCUGUUUUCUUGCAUCGAGCUGCUUUUGGGGUAUCUUAAAGUAGAAACUUUAGUACUUCCAGCUGCUGAAGAAGCAGAAUCCAUAUGGACAAAUAAAUUUGGUUUUAAGAAGAUAAACCAAGAGAAGUUGAACAAGUAUAGAAGGAAUUGCCAAAUGAUGGUCUUUCAAGGGACAUCGAUGCUAGAGAAGCCUGUUCCCCCGUGUAUGAAUGCCGAAAGUUUUUUGAUGAUCAAUUAAUUUUCUUGAGUUAACUAUAGUGAGAUUUCAGCAGCAGUUUCUUGCAGUGCCUUUUGUUUUGGAUGUAUAUAGUAGUCUUUCUUUUAUAUUCAGUUAAGUGGGUGUAUAAAGUAAAAGGAAUUUCACCAUUGGUUCAUCAGGAUUGAUGUCCAAUACUGUUAGCGACUAAAGGAAAAAUAGAAAUGAAGUAUACUAGAAGAAACAUAUAGGGGAAGAAACUAAAAUUAGAUAGAAAUCUCCACUAUAUGUCAAAUCAUAUGGAACUGUAAGCAUUUUGAAAAUUUUGAUUAGUGAAAUGAAUUUACCUUAUACUUGCAUGCUGUA